UAACUUUUACGCGAAAUUAUUAGCCCUCGCGAAAUUCACGGAACUAUAUUAUUGUCGGCGAAUUAAAUUUUUUCUCAUUCAUUAUGUCUUCACCUCCAAAGGAUAAAGAUAAAGAAUUAAAAGCUGGGCAUCCACCGGCAGUGAAAGCAGGGGGGAUGAGAAUAACUUCAAAACACCAUCAGUCGCAGCAUCCAGUACCUACACCAGAAGAGAAAGCCGAAGAAGAAGAAUUUGCGGAACCAAAGGAAAAGGCCUCAGAUCAAAAAGUUGUUGUCUCGGGAGUGCUAACAAAAGGAAAUGCAGACUUUAAACCCGAGGCUGUUAAAGUGGCUCAUGAGAAGCCUAUGCCGCAACAUGACAAAAGACCACCAGGUGGUGGAGGAAAGGGAUCAAAUGUAAUUCAACAACCAAGGAAGCAGUAGAAAUUUUAAAAUUAAAUCUAACCUUGAAUAAAAUUACACAGUGUUUCUCUGGAUUGACAUAAAACAAACAAAAUUCCUCCUCUCCCGUCCUUCUGUAGUUAGUAUGUAGUUUGUUGCUUCAAGUUUCAAGAGUAUUUUUGUGUGUGGGCUCAAUGGUUAAAGCUGAGACUGACAUAAUGCAGCUGGUAGCUGUGAAGCUGUCGUGACCAGUUCUAAGCCACAAGAGCUUGUUGUUUUUUGUUGGUAUCAUCAACAUUUCUUCUCUAUUAAAAUAGGUUAAUAACUUAAACAUUUCCAACUUAUUGGGAAGGGAAAUUUUCCAAGACAUCGAUAAAAAAAUCAGGCAUUAGGCUAGUAUGAAAAACUAUUUUGAAAAGACAAAAAUUCAUUGAUGUGAAUGUUAUGGCUCAGACAGCCCAUGUUAGACUUGUUGCCAAACAAACACCCAGUCUGGUGAUCAUUUAAUUUGUAACUUCCCGUCCUGGAAUUUUCAUGCAUCUUAGAUAAACUGGAUCAUGUGUACUAUAGGCAUUUUUGGUCAAGUGUUGAUCAAUACCCUCAAUUAACGCCCUUGAUUGAUCCUCGAUAGACACUCGGUUGAUCCUGAUCGACACUCAAUCGACAACUCGGUCAGCAGUCGGUCGAGAGCCAACUAAUAUUCGAUCAAUGCACAUGAGUCGGUCAACACUAUUGACCAACUGUUGAGCAAGUGUGAAAUAUUGAGAUGUCGACUGAGUAUUGAUCAAGUGUCAACCAAGUUUCGAUCAGAAAAUCGAUCGAGUGUUGAUCAAGAUGUUGAUUGAAGGCAUUGAUUGACACUUGACAGCAGAUGCCUCUAGUACACAUGAUCCGAUAAACUUUAAAAGUAUUUUCUUCAGUUGUUGUUAUGUCACUUCUCUCUAAAUGAAUAUUGACUUGUAAUCAUGUUGAGAACACAAUUAAAAAAAUAAAACUAUCUUU